AUGGAUUUUGUGAUCCCUCUACCCAGAUCUCGUCGAGGGAACACUGCCCUAUUGCUAUGGCAGUGCCCGUUUACGGUGUUUGUGAUCGCUAAAGCGAUGUCUGACACCGAUGCCCUGACUGUGGCCAAGGUGUUCGAAGAAUGUAUCUACAGACGAUUUGGUGCUCCGUCUCUUAUUCGACACGACCGAGACCCACGCUUCAUGAGCGAGGUCUUCCAGGCCUUCGCUGAGUUGAUCCAAGCAAGGUCAAGGUCAACGCUGAGCUAUCGUCCACAAGCGAAUGGACAGCAAGAGCGGUCGGUCAAGACCGCGAAGCAGUCAGUCAAGGUCUAUGCAGAAGACCCGUUGCAGCAAGACUGGGAUGAGAUUACCGAGCGACUAGUCUUUGCGAUCACAACUCCCAUGAUAUGA